UAUUGACUGUUCAAUACGUUUUUGAUUACAUUUUACAUCCACAUCGUAUAAAAAGUAAUGCAUUUUUAAUAAAUCACUUCAAAUCUGAUUAUCACAUUAAACCAGUGAUGGGGUCGAAGAAGUUAGUGAUAAUAGACACGGAUUGUGGUGUCGAUGAUGCGUUGGCCAUAAUGUUGGCCACGUAUUGUCAAAAACAAGAAAUGAUAGACAUCCUGGGGAUCACCUGUUCAUUUGGUAAUACAUAUGUGGAUAAUGUGUGCAAAAAUGUUUGCUAUACUCUCAGAGCGAGUGAACUGGAGGUCUACCGGGGCUGUGAGGGACCCAUAAUUGGAAAAUACGUUUCCGACGAUUACUACGGAAAGGAUGGUUUGGGAGACUCUACUAAAGACAUGCCUCCUAUUGUGCCCCACAUUGAGAGCGAGCACGCGGUGAACGCAUUGAUACGACUGUCCAGAGAGCACCCAAAACAGAUCACUUUGUUUGCUUUGGGACCCCUCACCAACAUAGCACUGGCCUAUCAUUUGGAUAACAAAUUGUUUGACAAUUUGGAGCAAAUCGUGUUUAUGGGCGGAACUCUUGAUUUNUUUCAAACUUGA